UGUCCGUCAACAUUGCUUGUCGCAGUGGGCCAACCCGAACACCAUCCGCCAGCCCCGCGAUCCCGAACGCCGACAAAAAGUAACUUUCCGCAUCAAAAGUCCGCCCGAUCGGUUUAUCAUUGUUCAAUCUAACCGUCUCGGCGGUUUCUCUUUCCGCGCCGCUCUCCUCCCAUUGCUAGCCAACGGCGCCCAACCCGACGACACGAAUUGCAACGUCUCGAUCGCAAGAUGGAUGACUACGGGACCGAAUCUGAUAGUGAUUACACCAGCUACUGGAGGGAUUGGUUCAUCUCGUCCCGUGGCAACGAAUACUUUUGCGAGAUCGACGAGGAAUACCUAACCGACCGCUUCAACCUGACCGGCCUCAACACCGAGGUCCAGUACUACCAGUAUGCGCUGGACCUCGUGACAGACGUUUUCGACCUCGACUGCGACGAUGAGAUGCGCGAGACGAUAGAAAAAUCGGCUAGGCACCUGUACGGCCUCGUCCAUGCCCGGUAUAUCGUGACGACAAGGGGUCUGGCGAAAAUGCUCGAAAAAUACAAAAAAGCCGACUUCGGCAAGUGCCCGCGCGUGAUGUGCAACUCGCACCCGCUGCUGCCCAUGGGCCUCUCCGACAUCCCCAACCUCAAGCCGGUCAAGCUGCACUGCGCGCGGUGCGAGGACACGUACAACCCCAAGUCGUCGCGGCACGCGUCCAUCGACGGCGCCUACUUCGGCACCUCGUUCCACAACAUCCUCUUCCAGGUCUACCCGGCCCUGAUCCCCGCCAAGAGCGCCGAGCGCUACGUCCCGCGCGUCUACGGCUUCAAGGUCCACGCCGCCGCCGCCCUCGUCCGCUGGCAGAACGGCGUCCGCGACGACAUGCGCCGCCGCCUGCGCAAGCUCGACGUCGAGAGCGGCUUCAAGGACGGCGAGGACGAGCUGGAGGAGGACGACGACGACCCCGAGGACGAAGAGGAGUUGCUGCAGCAGCUGGCCGUGGCCGAGUACAGGGGCGGCGGUGCUGCCGCUGCCACCGCUCUUGUUCCUACCACGGGCGGGGAGGCGCAAAUGGGGAGUGUUGCGUGAUGCAGCUUGGGGUGGGAGACGGAUCUCGUGUCUAUAUCGCAGGGGGCUGGCUGGGCUGGGAUGGCAUGGCAUGAUGCCGGCGGUCUGUCUGUCAUGGUGGCUUUUCUUUUCCUUCUUUGAUACUUGUAGGGAAAAACUUUGUGGCUGGCGCAUUUGCACUUGGCGUUCUUGUUGGCAUGGGCAAGGGUGGAGGGGGAGUUGGAGGAGGAAACUGGGGCAAGAGGAAAUAAAGGACGGCCAAGUGAUGAUAGUUGAAGGUGGCUUGGUUGUUGGUCUGGCUCUUAAUGCAUUGAACACGGCACCAAAAGCGGUACACGAUACCAUACCACUACAUAGUAGCAGGAACUUUCCAGGCUGACGGUUCCUUUUUGGCAUCUCUCGACGGAGCAAGUCGGGCCUCUGGGUGGAUGUAGUUGUCCAGAUUCUGACAAAUGCCUAUGUAUGCCCUCCAAAGU